AUGCCAUUUUGUAUAAGUGUAAAAAGUGAAAUACAAAAACAACGAAUGACUAGUUUGCAAACAGAUCGUCGUCGUAUGCAAGCUAUGAUGCAACAAAGAACGAGUACAAUGCAAGAACAACCUCAAGUGCCAGUUCCUCCGCCGUGUGCUGAUAGAAUAUCAAAUCCUUCCCACGCAUUGUGUUAUGAUACUUCUUUACCAAAUCCAACAAGAAAUAAAUCAACAGGUAAACCAUCAAUAGUACCCAUUCGUACGCCUCAACAUUCUACUAAUUGGCAUAAUCUAGCUCAACAGCAAUCAUAUAUAAUGGCACAAACACCUAGGAACAGUAAACCACAUGGUAAUUUAACUCAAUCACAAUCAACAAUUCAAUUAUCCAUUAAUAAAUCGAGCUAA